AUGGAGGAGACAAAGAAUCAACAAAUGACGAAGAAAGUGCGGUUUGACUUAAAAGACGAAAUUUUUCUCAUUCCAAGCAAGUGGGAUCGUCUUAGCAAAUGCAAAACUGCCCGCACUAAAGUCAUCGAUGAGAUAACGCCAAAUCAGAGGUCUCGCACUGUUGUUGAGCGACGAAGUAAGAAGAAACAGAACGGGUAUAGGAAAAUACCAAACUUUGAUUCAGUGGCCAAAGGAAGGAUUGUUUUGGCCUCGGAAACAAAUUGUACUGUCUCGGACAAUUCUCUGAGAAAUACUUCUCCAAGCAAAAGUGGAAGCAGUUUGAAGAAAAUUCAUUCGCGUCAGAAACUCGAAGGAUACGGCAAUGCGCCCCAUAGUGGAACUUCUACGCCUCCUGUUGAAGCCAAAUUAAAAUUUUAUCAUCGGCCUCCGACCGAACUACCGAGACUUGAUCUCGGCGUUUUGCCGAAGAUUCCUUACACGCCCGACCUCAAAAAAGCGAUCGAGAAAGCACUUCAAAGGUCCCGUAGUAAAUCUGCAACCGACAGUGAACUAAACAGUGGAGCCUCCGUCAUACAGGAAAAGAAACACGAUCUUCUAAGAAUUAUUCCCACUGAAAAAGCUGAAAAAGUUUUGCAAAGAAGACUUUCAGACAGUUCGGUCAUCAUUGGGGAUGAAAAACCGACUGAAGAUCAUGAGCCAAGUUGUGAUGAAGGUAUCUCUAAAUUUAGCGAGUUAUCUUCGAUCAAUCUGGACGGUUGGAGCCCUUUUAAUGCCUGGACGGCAAAAGACAGUACCGUUCGAUCAAAUCGAACGCCUCCUAUAAGACGAGGACGAUCUAUGUCUUCACUGAUUCCUAACAGCAUUCUUUAUUAGUAUGGCACAAAGUUUUGGAAAACGUUUCUCGGAAAAGAAAACAUUCGUGUCCCCAACGUGUUUAUAUGAUAACGAAAAAGAAAAGCCGUUGUCUGUAUCAUUCACGUUCAUUAUUCAGGACAAUCCCAAGGCCUUGCUUCUUCACGACAUUGAGUAGCUCACAGCUUUACGUCAAAAAAGAUACUUUCAAAAAGUGGUAGUAGAUAUAUAUAUUUACACCGUAGUUAUAGUCAUAGAAAGAGCAGAGUCAUUAUUAUUUAUUUGUUUAUCUUUAGGGGGAUAGCCUAGAACACAACGCACCCAUUCUGAUAUAGUAUGACUUCUGACGUCAAGUAUGACGCAGAUCAAUAGGCAAAUGCUCGGAAAGAUGGAUGGUUUCUGUGGUUUAAAAUCACAGGUGUCUAAUUAUGGGCCUAUCCAAAUUAUAAUCGGUAUUUUUUGGAGUAAUUUUUGUGAUUCUGAGCAUUUUUUGGUAAAAGAUCAACUUAUUAUAACUUUGCCCGCCCAAAGUUUAGCAACUAUAGGACAAAUUUGAACCAAGAACUAGUGCAAGUAACGAACGAUACUUCGAAUCGAACUUUCAGAUUUUGGCAGGAAUAUUUUCAGCAAAUUUUAUGCAUUUUUAGGAGAAACUUUAAUUUGCGCACAGCAAAAGUUCUUAGUCCUACCCAUAACGGAAUCCAUGCAUCGAUUGCUUCAUCUACACCUCAGUGUUUUUUUUAUAAGGCAUCCACUUUAAUAGGCAACCAAACUACAGAGAAGAGACAUAUUUAGAUUUAUUUAUUAUUGUUUAAAAUUUAAGCGCUUAAUACAGUAGUUUUUUGCUGCUGAUACGGUUGUUACCGCAAAGCGGUAUGGAAGAAGUUGUCAGUAAAUAUAGCCUGUUCCAGGCUCUUAAAUAGUAGAGCUGUUGCGCAAACAUUCCCUCGCAAACAUCAGCCCGCACGCCUUUCACUAGUAAUCAUGAGCGUUGCACAUAUUAUCUUGGAGCCUGGAACAUACCAAUUAAAAAGUUAAAAUGACGUUCUGUUUUUGGAAAUAAAAAAAAAAUUGAUUAUAGAAAAUAUAUGACCUAUGAUUUAGACCCGUGAAAAAAUAUAAAACAUAAAUUAUUAUUUUAUGCUCUUUCACUGAUCCUGCAUUUGAUUGUGUGUAAAAAUGUUCAUUUAAAGUACGUUUUGAAACUGAGUCAUUUCAAGCAUUAAUGAUCUACAAUCUACGGGUGUAAGAGAUAGUGAGAAAAAAUGAGAAACGUGAAACUGAUAGUAAAAAUUUUUAAAUUCACAGUGAGUGGUGUGGUGCCCAUUAUUAUCCUUAAAAGAGAUAUAGUCCGCGCAAAUCUUAGUGAGUCGACACUGGUGACCAGCGGAGCCCGCGUUGCGGUCAGUGACUGGUUGCUAUGACAAAGUUGACUCACUGAACAAAAAGACUCUAGUAACACUAGAAGAUUCUGUGACGUAGAUGAAUGUUCUUGGCGUAAUUCUGUAAUCAUAAUGUGACGCUGUGUACUACCAUCGUGUUGCUUGUGUAUGCUUCUAAACAGAUAUAUCUUCUGUUCCGCGCCAAUCAGUCUCUCUUUCACCAUACUCAGCAGUCUUCUGUCAAGAGAUGGCCUCUUCUGUUUAUCUGUUAAUCUCCAAUAAGGCCAUUUUCUUGUAGGUUCCCAGUCUGAGGAGAAAAACCCUCAUCUGUCAAGACCAACCUCUAUACCGCGACACCUUUGUAAUGCUUACAGAAGAAAAGGCGUUUAACCUUUUUUUAGGCGCGCGCGAAGGCGAGCGCUGAUGUAGGCUGUAAUCGUUGUCCUUUUAGUGCCAUUAAUGGUAGAAUCAAUAUAUAUGGCCGGCGAGCACUGUAUUUUAGCAGGAAGGAGAUAUCAAUAGCCUAUUCAGAGGUCCACUUUGACUGUGUAAUAACCCAGUUCCUCACCUCCCCCUCGUUGUAAAAUGGCCGGCGAGCACUGUAGUGUAACAAGAAGGAGAUAUCAAAGAGAUCCCUUAACUGUGUACUACCCCCCAGCCCCUCACGUUAUAAAAAGUUAACUACGCAUUGAUAUGGUACUGGAGUAGAUGCCGCCGUUCAAGCGUAAAGUGUAGUUUGCGCGUGCCUAAUAACGAUGCUGGGGGGUGGAAGGCGGACGUGCGCCAGCAGGGCGGAACGAGUAUUGAAUGGUUUAAUGGUGACUCAUAGGUCGGCAAUAUAAAUAUUCUUUAAUUUACUCGAUGUUAAGUAAAGAGAUUCAGUGACAUCUCGCGUCUGGCUGUUAAGCUGUCGCAUAACCUAGUGUGUUGGUUUCAUUUCUCCUCGUGCCGUAAGGUUUCCUAUGGUUUAAAUUAAAUUUGAGCGAAGGAAAAAGAAUGCAUAUUUUGAACCUUUUUGCUUGUAAAAGGUUAAGACUUGUUAAGAAGAAAAUUUAAGGCGAUAACUGUUUUUUGCUUUACUACAAAUGAUCUUCACUGGACUUGCGCUUUUAUAAGUAGGUAAAAAUAUCUUGUACGCAGCAGCGUUAUUAAGGCUUUUGCGAUUACAGAAGUAAGAGUAUUUCGUUAAUAUUUCUUAAAGUUUUCAGCUAGUGACUCAGUGAACGUGACGCUCGGAAUUAAGAUUUGGCUUGUGAUUGUUCAGCGAGCUUAGUAAAUCUCAAAGGAACCCAGUGUUUAUUUUGACAAGUUUGUUUUAGUACGCGAUAAUUACAAACUACCAAAAGAAAGCUUUGUUUUUCAAAAAAAAGGGCCACAAUUAAUUACGAAGAAUUUAGUUGAGGUUGAUUGACUUCAAAUGAGCCCCAGAAGAGUUGACGCGAUUUUUAAGUCAUGACUUUCGAAGUGAAGUCCAGGUAAUUUUGAGACGAUGGUUUCUGCAGUCACCGUAACUUGGAGAAGUCAAGAUGGUGAUGUAGUCAAGCAAUGACUCAAAAGUGUUUCUGGGUACUGGCGAGGUGCAAAGGAAAGCCGAUUUAUUUCUAACGUUCUUUGUUUAGGAGAAAAAUAUCCGCGCUGUUAAGAGGCGUAAUUGCAACCUUCCUUUUAAUUAUAACUGGGAAAAAAGAUGUGCUCCAAAAGUAUUUUGUUGAGUACAAAAUUUCGCUUUCAUUCAACCUUUCCCAUGUUAAUGGCAACCGUAUUGACCGGUUGAGAAAAAAGCUAAGUAUUUCCCUCUGCAUAGCGAGUUAUUCAGUGACUAUUAGUUCAUUGUGUAACAGAUGAGAGACAAAACCACUUGACGCUUCACCUGCUUUGGUGGGAAGUACUUGCGCAAGUAACACAUUAACAGUAAAUUCAUGGCAAUUAUACGAAAAGAUAUCGGGAUGUCACGUCUACGUAUGUAUAUACUUGUAGUCAUAACUCUCGGGAGCCUUAACUUUCAAGACGCAAAGUUGUGGCGAAGAAAAAUGGAAAGGAAACAGUGUAAAGACAAGAGUUACGUCUAGACUUUACGAGAGGAACGUGCUUUUGAACAAGAGAUUUGUAUCUUCGGAAGAGGGUAUAUAAAAUCUUUUACUCUUCUAGAUCAAUUCAUACGAGCCCGCUGCUUUAAGACGCAGAAAGGGAUCAUUUGACUGAAACAGAGUGAAAGCUGGCGCGAUUGGCUUCUGAACCAGAAAGUUUCAGUCCUUUAACAGGAUAAAAUCAUCUUUAGUCUAUAUAAUCAUCUUAAUUCCAUUCCUUCUUUAAAAAUCUUUGUCCAGUGCAACCAGCAUUUUGAAGAACAGUAAAGAGCAAAUCUACUUACUACCUUUUUCGGAUUUGCCAGGACGCGACACAUGAACAAGAUCAACCGGUGUACAUUGUCAAGGUUUGCAGGCUGAAAGCAGAGAAGUUUAAAGGUGAAAACUCCAGCAAAUUAAAUCAACUGAUGCCAGACAAAACUUGGUUAUAGAAACUGCCGUAAGGAGGGCUUAAAGUUCGUCAAGUCAUGGGAGAAAUCAAGGAAGAUUGCGAUGAGAUUUUGACAGACAGCAAUCAGUCUUCUUUGAGAACAGUCUUAGUAACCUUCCGCAUUGAAAAACCCUCGGCAAAACAUAUAAAACGAGUUCGCUUUAACAGCUUGGUUGAGGUGAAAUUUAUUCCCAGGCGCCGGAAGAGAGAAAAAAGGAAAUACGAGAUUGAUUUAAAAGAAGGGGAAAAAACAAGUAACGAGGAUAUCGUCAUUAAGAGUACUAAUACGUCAGAAAAAUCUGAACAUGAAGAAAACGAUGCGGGUGUUAAGGAUGCAGUGAGCGUUUCUGGGCAUAAUGUCACCAUGAUAGCAGAUGAGGCAGCUUCCCUCAAUAGCCAAAAAGCAGCGGAUCUAGGGAUCGACGAAAGAUGUCAAGAAAAUAAAGACAACAUUGACGACACAUUAAACAAGUCGCCUGAAUCAUUUUUGGAAAGAGGUUCAAUCAUGACUAGAAACAAUCAAAAGGAGGGCGUGGAUGAGUGUAGCAGUACAGAAACCACGGCGCUCGCUGGAAAGCCAACCAAAUCGAAAGUCGCUGCUCGCAAGAGCUACAUUACAAGUACGAUUAUGCUUGGGGCAGAUUACGUAGGCAAUGCUCUUCGCUUGAAUCCAACAACAUUCCCCGUGUCACCAGCAAUCCAGUUUAGUGAAUUUCCUGUUAGAAAUUCUAAGAAUCAAAACUUCCCCGAGCUCGCCCCCAGAGCCGUUUGGCGUCUGGAAAAACAGGCCGCAAAAUUUUGCAAGGAAGCUGAAGCGCUUAUCACUCAAGUAACAGAAAAAAACGCGCGCAUUCAGUCGAAACUAAAAGAACAGCCAGACACAGUUAUUUUCGGAAGGGACUACAAACGGACCUUUCUAAAUGAAUUCACUAGAAAGUCAAAUGCUACAUCGCAUGGAAAAACUCUUGCUCAAAAUGCGUUUUACAGUGGUAAACAUACCAAGGGUUCAGAUCCAAGUAGUAAAAAAGUCACGAGGUUUCCAUAUAUCAAGAACAAGAAGCAACCGAACGUCGCGAACUUACCUAGGGCUUCGUCCGAACUUUCCCUACCUCAGCUCCUGAUGCAUGAUGGG